AUGAAUAUAACUAUUCAUUUUGAAUUUUCAAGUAAAAUUCGCUUCAGAAGUAUUGAGAUAAAUAAUGAAAAUGGACGAAAACCAAAAAUUUCAAAUCGGUUUACACCAACAAUAACGAAAUCAGUUACGUCACAAUGGAUAAAUCAACCUGUCAAUUCUUUAUCAACGACAUCUGAUAAAACCAUUCCUGAACAACUUUUGAAUUGGUUUACACAUUCUUGGUUAGAAUCAGAACAAAAUGAAUUUCUUCGACAACUUAUCAUUAAGUUUGAUGAACGACAACAAUAUUUUGCUUCAUGUGUAAUCCUACAACGUCGUUAUCGUGAUUUUAUUAGUUUAUUACCUCUAAAAAUCUCAUUUCAUAUAUUGAAUUAUUUAAGUCUUCAAGAAUUAUCUCGAUCUCGUCGAGUAUGUAAAAAUUGGAAAUCAAUCAUCGAUCAAGAACGUAAUCUUUGGAAACCAAAAACUAAUUCGCAAUUAGAUGGUAUAAAUAAAAACAAAAAAACAGAUCUAAUUGAUUUACGUACUAAACUUUAUUUCUAUUUAGAAAAAACAAAUACACAAAUUGAUUGGAAAAAAAUUCAAAAACAACAUUUAGCUAUAAAGCGUAAUUGGUUAACAGGAACAGCGCAUAUUAUCGAAUGUACCGGUCAUACUCAGAGGUAG